UUACUCUCUUGAUAAUGUUGGUUCAGUUUUCCACAUCCUGCUGGUUAGUCAGUUAACAUGAAGAUAAAAACAAUCUGGUCUCUGAGUUUGCUGGUUUUCACGAGUUUCUGGAAAAUAGCUCUAAUUUCAGAUGCAGAAAUUUCCUGCAACUUCAAGCAGAGCUGCAUCUUACCCUGCAGCUUCCAGAGCUACGGUGAACCCAUCCUCCACUGGACUCAGCUGGAAUCCUCAGAGCUGAGAGUUCAUUCUUAUUAUGACAACCAGGACCAGCAGGGUGUCCAGAACCAGAACUUCAGAGGCAGAACGUCUCUGUUUCAGGAUCAGAUCUCCAGAGGAAACGCCUCCCUGCUGCUGAGAGAAGUUCAGCUUCAGGAUCAGGGAAGAUACAAGUGCUACAUCAGCACCAUUAAAGGACAUGAAGAUUCAACAAUAAGACUGAGUGUGGAUGCUCCAGGCUCUGACAUCAGAAUCCAUCAGGAUGGAAACAGGAUCACCUGCAGCUCAGAGGGGAUCUACCCUCAACCUGAACUCACCUGGUCCACUGAGCCUCCAUCCAACACGGGUCUGCAGUACAGAACCACAUUCUAUCAGACUGAGGAGAAGCUUUACAACAUCAGCAGCUCUCUGACGGUUCCAGAUGCUGAUAGUAAUGUGACCUACAGCUGCACCAUCAGAACCAGGAGCAACAAGAAAAGAACAACUCUGAGGCAAUUAUCAGUGACCAGCGCCCCCUACAGGACAACAACCAUCCACUGCUCUGACACCAACUGGUCUGCAGCCAGCCUGGUCUGGAGGUUCAACAAUCAGAGCAUCCUGAGUCAGACGGAGCCCAGCGUCUCCCCCAGAGUCUCAGAGGCCUGGAGGAAACAUGUGAAGGACGUGUCAAGGUCAGGAAGCCUCACCUUACAGGAUAUGACAUCACAGCAGGAGGGGGUCUACACCUGCCAACUCAGCAACCAAGACGAGACGAUUAUUACAAAGACCUCUGUGAGGAUAAACCAAGAGAGUCAUAACGGCAUCAUCAUCGCUGUGGUUGUUGUUGUUUUGAUCAUUUUGAUCAUCAUUGCAGCAAUAAUAUUUUAUAAGAAAUACUGGAAAAACGCAGGAGGAGCUCAAGCUGCACAGCCAGGGAAAAUUACACGCAAACAUAUCAUAUAUUUGAUAUUGAUCAGGAAAAACCAGUCCUCCAGAGACAAACUGUCUCUUCCCGUUGAAUCUGGUCCAUUUCUCCCAAUCAGGUCUUUGUGUCGGAUGAAAUGUAGCAGGAAAAUGUUGAGCUGCUCCGGAUUUCUGCUGAUUCUGCUGUUUCUGGGUCUGUGGGCCGUUUCCACUGGAGACGUGGAUGUUUCCUGUGUCUACAUGAAGAGCUGCGUCCUGCCGUGUCGCUUCCACAGCAGCGGUGAGAUCCACAUCCACUGGGUUCAGCUGAAGGCCCGGCCGGUUCCGGUCCGCUCAUUUCACAGCGAUCAGAGCCAACAGGACCAGCCGGGUCAGCAGGACCAGCCGGGUCAGCAGGACCAGCAGGACCAGAGCUUCAGAGGCAGAGCGUCUCUGUUCUGGGAUCAGAUCUCCAGAGGAAACGCCUCUCUGCUGCUGAGAGAGGUCAAAGUUCAGGACGAGGGCCGAUAUGAGUGCGUCACCAACAGCUCUGCUGCUAAAAGUCACUCAUUCAUCAACCUGAUGGUGGACGCUCCAGUCACUGAGCUAAAACUCGAAGAGACGGGGAACAGGAUGAGCUGCAGCUCAGAGGGGAUCUACCCCAGUCCGGAGCACAGCUGGUCCUUGAAGGCUUCGUCCAACACCAGCGUCCAGAGCGCCAUCAGAGUGAGCCUGACCGCAGAGCAGCGUUACGACAUCAACAGCUCCCUGACACUGUCGGAGGGCGUUUCCUUCCUGACCGUCAGCUGCAGCUUCAGCACCAGGAGGAGCAGCAGGAGGCUGACCGUCUUCACACCAGGCAGGGCAGAGAUUAUUUUAUUUAUUUAUUUUUUCAAUAUGCGUUACAUCCUGGUUUUAGUUUCUGUCAGCGUGCCGGAAGCGGAAGUGACCAUCAACUGCUCGGCCUGGAACCUGACCGUGACGCGGCUCGUCUGGAGGUUCAACCGCAGCCGGAUCCUCCUGAGCUGGAACCGGACAGGAACCGCGCUCCAGGCCGGCGGCCACAGCGUGGCGGCGGCCUGGAGGAAACACGUGAAGGCCGUGGCGGCGUCAGGCAGCCUCACGCUGCGGGGUUUGACCGCGCAGCAGGAGGGCCUGUACAGCUGCGAGGUCAGCAACGCGGAGGAGGCGGCGAUCAGCGGCACGAUGCUGACCAUACAGAAACACCCGGGUUCCUCCUGGGUUGCUGCUGUUGCUGCUGUGGCUUUAUUGACAGGAACAGCUGCCUUCCUGCUGCUGCGCUUCCUGAAGGAACAAAGGUCAUUUCACUCAUCAUGACCCCAACAUGCUGUGAUGUCAGAUACAAUGAUCGACAUUUAUUGUACUUAUUUUAAUAACUAGAACAGAAACGUGGGAAUAUGUAAGAAUCGUGAUGCUGAAGUCAGUUUAAGUUUAAAAUAGCAUCUAAUUUGUCUCCCACCCUUCAGGACAUCCUGACAUCCUGACGUUCCUCCUGCUGCUCUGAGGAGGAAAACAUUUCGUCUCCAUCUGGGAGGUAAAACCCAUCGGCUGGUUGAGCAAAACGACUCUGCAGAAAAACUUUAGCACCAAAACCAGCCGGAGAACAAAGAUCUCUGGGAUUUAAAACGUGACGACAGACUGACUGAUCAUCCUUCUGUCUGCUCCAGAACUCAACGGUUCCCUUUAGAUUUAAGUUUUUAUUUUCUUUCUGUAAAUAAACUUUUGGAUGAAACAAAGACGACCUGAGAACCACAGAACCUGAGAACCACAGAACCUGAGAACCACAGAACCUGAGAACCACAGAACCUGAGCUCCAACUGCUUUUACAAAAGAUGUUAAACAAACUGGAACAUUGAGAGUUAAUCAGAAAGAUUCAGCCGCCUGUUCAGUCAAAACUGAUUUCAUUUCAUAUAAACUGAUCAUUUUAAAAGGUAAAAAUGUUUCAAAUGUUGACAAAAAUCUGAGAAAAGAAAAGAAGAAAAUCUUACAGUGUAUUUUUUUUUUUGUUGAGUUUCUGGUGCAAACAUUUUUUAAGACUUGAAAUCAGGAACAGAAUAACUUUUAUUAUCAUUGUUCAUGAAAGGAAGCAAAAUGAAACUUAAAAAAUAGCAACUAAAGAAACGUGUCAAACAGUUGAGUAAUAAUAAUAGAGACGAAUAUCAAUAAAUAUAAAAAACAGUAGAAACAACUGGGAUGUUAAAGAAAAAUAAAUCAGGUUUUAGACAAAUUAUCAACAAUUGUCAAUAAUUCCUUAAUCUUGAUGAAAAAGUAUUUGUUACAAGUUUAUUUUUGAUAUUUUGAAU